AUGAGCACCACAACGACAACAAACGGAACGACUCCUCUGGUCCAGGGACCUACCACACAACAAACCUCAUCAUUCAUUUCAACAAAACAUGCAUCACCUUCGGAAUUCACUCCAUUGCAACAACGAUACAAGGGACUCAACACCAUGAUUUCUGGAGUGUUUUCUGGAGCCAUGGCUAAUUUUGUGCUUCAUCCAUUGGAUUGCAUCAAGAUUAGAAUGCAGGCCAAUGAUCGUGGAGUGAAGAGAACGACAUUUGUUGGUCUCAAAGAUUCUAUUAAGGUCACAAAAGCAAUUUAUUUGGAAGAUGGAUGGAAGGGAUAUUAUAGAGGGUUGAGCAGUGCAAUGAUAGGGGCUGGUUUGGCAUGGGGAUUAUAUUUUACAAUAUAUAAUUCAAAAAAGUACGAUUAUGAGAAAGAAUAUGGAGUCAAUCAAGUUCCAACUCUUCAAUUAACUUUUUGUGGAUUACAAGCUGGUGUUGUGACAAAUCUAUUGACACAUCCCAUUUGGCUGAUAAAAACACGAUUACAACUUCAAAAUUCAGUAGAUACUCUCCCAUCAGUGGGAACCUCUCAUCACUUACAAAAUAUUAAAUAUAAUGGUAAUUGGGAUUGCUUUCGAAAGAUUAUCAAAUAUGAAGGUGUUAAAUCACUAUAUAUAGGACUCACACCAAGCAUGUUACUCAUUUCACAUGGUAUUAUUCAUUUUGUGUGCUAUGACCGAAUGAAAUCGAUUUAUCUCAAUUAUAAGAAUGAAAAACGUCAUGAAUCGCAAGAGACUCUUUAUCACCUUAAUGGAACUGAAUCUUUUAUUUUGGGAUUUUUAGGAAAAGGAAUUGCUGGAUUUGUGACCUAUCCUCUUCAAGUGGUUAAAACUCGUCUGCAAGAUAAGAGUAAUUAUUAUCAUCAAGAACGAUACAAGAGUUUCUCAGAUGCUCUUGUUAAAAUAUACAAACAUGAAGGAUAUAAGGCAUUCUUUAGAGGAAUUGUUCCACACGUGCUGAAAGUGUCGCCGAAUGGAGCCAUUGUGCUGAUGUUGAACGAACAAAUAAUGAAAUUGUUAUAUUUGGCAGAAGAGAAAAAAUUCAAACAAAAUCAUUAA